UUAAAGCUAACUUAAUAUUUGCUUAAUAAAGAUGCCGCCUGUUGCUGCUACUGUUAACACAGGAAUGAAUGUUCAAGUUGAAAGUAUAAAAAAAGUUAACGAGCAACUUCGCAGAGAAUCUCGAAUUCAGCGACAUAAAUUAUCAGAAUGUGCAAAAGACAUUAUAGCCUUUUGCGAAAAAGAAUCUAAAACAGAUCCUUUAAUAGUAAAAAUUCCGGCUUCAGAAAAUCCAUUUCGUGAACGUGGCCGUGGUUGUUAUUUGAUUUAAUCGUGUAUUUCUACAUUAAUAUUUAUUAUAUAUGUGAAAUAAUGCAACAAUGACCCAACAUUGAAUUUGUUUAUGCAAGCGAUAAUUUAAUGUAAAUAUAUUGUUUCCUACAAAUGAAUGUAAAUUUAAAUGAAUGUAAUAACAUUUUACUUUAA